GUGCCGGAGUUUAUGCAGCAUGUUUGAGGGCUAGGUGACACCGCACUUGCAAACGCCCGGCUGGGGAGAACAAACACCCAGAGGAGGCCGGCCAGCGACAGCGACAGCUUCGCUAUUCCAACAACUUCCCACUGCCCUCAAAAGACAUCGUUGGUCUUUCGCAGGUCUCCUACAAGCACCCUAGACGGGCUCGAGGCUGUUCCCAUCAUUAUGGCUGGUGGCACCGUUCUUCCCGUGCCUGGCCAGCGGAAUAUCCUUAUUACCAGCGCUCUACCGUUUGUGAACAAUGUCCCACACCUUGGAAAUAUAAUCGGGUGUGUCCUUUCUGGGGAUGCAUUCGCGAGGUACUGUAGAGGACGCGGUAUCAACACUCUAUAUGUCGGUGGGGCGGAUGAGUACGGCACCACAACGGAGGCAAAGGCCCUGGCAGACAAUUGCACGCCACAAGAACUCUGCGACAAAUACCACGCGAUUCAUGCUGAGAUAUAUGAGUGGUUCAACAUCAGCUUUGAUAUCUUCGGCCGCACCACAACGCAACUCCAGACCGAGAUUACCCAGGACAUCUUCUUGAAGCUGGAGAAGAAUGGGUUCUUGGAGGAGCGCAUGACUACCCAGCUGUACUGCGAGGAGCAUCAUUCAUUUCUUGCAGAUCGCUUUGUGGAAGGCGAGUGCCCCGGCUGUGGCUAUACCGAUGCCCGCGGCGACCAGUGCGAUCUCUGCGGCCAGCUCUUAGAGUCCCUGCAGCUCAGAAAUCCGCGUUGCAAAAUUGACGGCUCUACGCCUGUCACCAGGGACACGAAGCACAUUUUCUUGGAGUUGGAUAAGUUGCAGGCCAAGGUCGAAAAUUUCUUCCGUGACUCUACUACGAACGGUUCGUGGUCGAAUAACGGCGCUAUCAUCACUGCAUCUUGGCUCAAAGAAGGACUGAAGCCACGCAGCAUUACCCGAGAUAUUAGCUGGGGAACAAGAGUUCCAUUGUCGGGCUAUGAAGACAAGGUCAUAUAUUCAUGGUUUGAUGCUUGUAUUGGAUACGUAUCUAUCACUGCUCGCUAUACCGACCAGUGGAAGAGAUGGUGGCGUAACCCCAAAGACGUUCAGCUAUAUCAGUUCAUCGGCAAAGACAAUGUUAUCUUCCACUCCGUGAUAUUUCCUGCCUCGCAAAUUGGCACGGAGGAUACCUGGACAAAACUCCAUCACCUGUCCACGACAGACUACCUGACUUACAAGGGCGGGAAAUUUUCCAAGUCUCGUGGUAUUGGGGUCUUUGGAGACUCAGCCCAGAAGACUGGGAUCCCUGCUGAUAUCUGGCGCUGCUUCUUGCUCUCCCACCGCCCGGAAACUGGUGACAGCGAGUUUACCUGGGACGCAUUUGUCAAUUGCAACAACAACUUGCUCCUCAAAAACUUGGGCAACUUCGUCAGCCGUGUUCUGAAAUUUGUCAACUCACGGAGAGACUCCUUUGCUACUUUCAAGGGAGAGAUCAACAGGCUCCUCACUCAAUACAACCGAGAGCUUGAUGCCGUCAAGAUUCGCUCAGCUUGGUCGACGGUUCUCCAGAUAUCCCAGCAGAGCAAUGGAUUUUUGCAGCUGAAUAGGCUGGACAACAGCCUUGCAGAAAAUGAACCGUCUAAAUGUGCGGCAGUUAUUGGCAUAGCCACCAACACUGUCCACCUUCUUGCGUCACUUAUUGCCCCAUACAUGCCGGACACAGCCAAUUCCAUCAACGCACAGCUCCGCGCUGAUCCACUUCUCAUCCCAGACCGCUGGAAUGCAGAUUCUAUCAAGCCUGGUCAUGAGAUUGGCAGGGCCGAGCACCUGUUCACUCGUAUCAAGCCAGAAAGGGCAGAUGAAUGGCGAAAGAUGUAUGGCAGCGACGAGACGAAAAGGGCCAAGGAGGAGGAGAUUGCAAUAAAGGCGAAGCGAAAGACGAUGACAAAGGUUGCGAGGUCAGGGAAGCCAAACGAAUCGUGCAAUAUCAACAAGGAAGAAGCUGCGGUGCCCAAGGGUUGA